AUGGAACCCGAAGCUAAAGGCAAAGCUGAAUCGACAGCAGUAUCGUUUUUCGUUCCACUCGUUGAGUCGAUGAUCGAGAGUACAUCGCACGCAACCUCGUUCGAGCCGAGCUUGCUGGAGGCUCUGUGCGACCUGGAGUGGAGAAUUAACAAGGAAGAUCUGACCAACGAGCUACUUCUGGGCAAGAUCGACGAUAUCCUCGCCACAGUGAAGAACAACACGGUGCCCAACGUUGCGGCUGAGUUCAAGGCUGCAGUACGGAUGAACUUGCAGGAGUCAGAUGUACGCGAGCGGGUAGUGCAAUACUUUCGAUCUAAUCGCCAGGUGAUUGAAGAAAAUGGCUGGUGCAAAUUAUUUAUUGAUCAAGAAGGUCUGAAGUUGAAGUGCAAAUUACUAGUCGCGUCCCUUGAUCCCCCGGCACUGCGGGAAGAGAUAGAGUCCAUUCUGGCAUAUCAGAAUCGGACUGCGCGUAGUGAUGAAAAGGUGAUUUUCAAGACCAUUUUGGAGAAAGCUCUUGAGCAUGAAAGAGACUUUCAGCGCCGUAAGCGGCAACGCAGUUCAACUCGAACCGGGGACAAAUGGAACAGUUCAAGAGAGUUGAGUCGCUCGAAGAAAAAAAAUAGGGCAAAGGACAGUGACAAACUGAAGCCUGUUCUGCAUCAACUACAGGAUAGUAGAAAGCAAGGUCGGAGCGUCCAACAGGGACCUCCCAAGACAGGAGCUGCAAAUCCGAUCGGUGGUUGCCUAAAAUGUAAGGGGGACCAUUGGUUAGUGAAGUGCCCAGUUGCGAUUCACGUCGAGAAGGUUGAUCUGUUGCGGCAACAGCAUGAGCAGCGCAACCGUGAGAAGGAUGACCGCAAAAAGAUCGCCCACGAUUGA